AUGGCCGAUAAUGAAGGGGUGACGGUAGAGCUUGCAGAGCUGUUACGGCACCCUGAAGACCUCGAUAAGAUACCCUUUCUAAAGUCCGAGUUUAUUCGCAAGAAAGCCGCGGUAGACGGACAGCUCAAGGUUGGGCUCAAGGAGCAAUUGGAGAUCACACAGUCUGGCAUGAACUCGAUUGGAGAUGGACAGAGAACAGUCAAUCAGAUCAAGGAGGAGCUCAUGAAGAUCGACAAGCUAUGCGCGGAGUCGCAGAAUAUGAUCCGGGAUUUCCCUAAUAUCAAUUUGGUUUCCCAGGUGCACAGGAACUUCACCCAGGUAGAGACAAUGAAGGCCAAUAUUGAGUCUUUCGAUAGCAGGCUAGAUGAAUUGGCCAGGCUUCUGAGUGAAGACGACCAGGACCUGGAGAACCAGCCCAAUAUUCUCAACGUACACUACGGACUUACGCAGUUACGAGACAUCCGGGAUGACGCUAUGGACCAGAUCAAAAGAGCUUCGGAUGCGUCUCUAGAGAAUACACUCCAGAAUCAUUUCGAGAGAUUGGAAGAUGUAGUGAAUUGGUUCGAUGAGCACAUCGGCCAGGCUUGCAUGAACCUGAUACCUUUAGUACAAACGGACAACAAAAGCAUGAUAGUGCGCUUGGCGGUCAUCAUCGAAGAGGAGGAAAAAAGUGACAAGAAGGUCCAGGCAUUGCAAGAUGCUCAACGGGAUUACAAAGACCUUGCGUCCAGGUUCAAGUCCAUGAACACCAGCGCCAGACAAAUACGGGGUUACAAGGAGAAGUUCACGAAAGCCAUCGAGCUCUCCGCACAACAGAAUUUCGAUUCGGCAGAGGAAAAGUUUUUCGAAGAUCCAGACAAGCUGUCCAAGAUCAUGGCGUGGUUCUUCAAUGACCUUGUGGCCGUCGAGCAAGGCAUGACAGAACUGAUGCCCAAGAAAUGGAAGAUAUACAAGACAUACACGGAUAUAUACCACAGCUUAAUGCACAACUGGCUCAUCCGGCGGAUUGACGACCCCAACCUAGCCCCUCCACAUAUGCUGGCAAUCAUCGAGUGGACCGAGAAAUACUAUGGGAAGAUGAACAAGCUCGGGUGGAGUCAAGAGGAAUUACAGCUUCCGGUCCUCGACAAUAGAGAGAUCGAGCUGAUUCGAGACUACCGAGAACUGAUUGUGAAGUCCGUGGACGAAUGGAUGGAUCGGAUGCUCACCACCGACAGAAAAUCCUUCGCAGAGCGCAAGGAGGGCUCUUUGGACAACGACGAGCAUGGCUACUUCCGCACCAAGACCCUAGGAGACAUGUGGCGCAUGCUUCGCGAGCAACUCCUUGUCGCUGGCAAUUCAGGCCGCACAGACGUGGCCGAAGGGGUCAUCGACGCCAUGUUCACCGCUCUCAAAACACGGCAAAAUCUCUGGCAGAAGAUGGUCGAUGACCAGUCUGCUAAAUACAAGACGCCUACCGCCGAACAAGAUGGUCUCCAAGUCCUCCAAGACUGGCUGGUUGCGAUUGCCAACGACCAGAUCGCCUGCAUCGACGACAACGCUGAAGCCGGCCAAAUGGGAUACCUAAGCCGCUUCCAGCGCGAUUUUGAGCCCCUGGUCUCACCCAAAUACAUUGCUCAAGCUAAUGCUGAACUCGAAAACAUACGCGAUGGUUUCGUAGACCUAGGUACCCACUGCAUCACCACAUUCGUCUCCCUAAUCUUCAUCAUUGACUUCCGCUCCGUGCUACCGGAAUUCUUCACCGCGAAGUGGUAUACAGAAUAUGGCAUGAAACGUAUCAUUACAACUUUCGAGGAUUAUGUAAAUGACUACCAAGGCGUGCUGCACAGCUCUCUUCUUGACGUCUUCGUUGAGGAACUGGCAGACGAGCUCCUCGUGCGCUAUCUCUCCUCCGUUCGAAACAAGGGCGCCAAAUUCCGGCGCGGGGAACCAUUUACCGAUAAAUUCAAGGACGACGUACUUACCUCCUUCGAUUUCUUCGGCAAAUACCCAGAGUUUGCAACUAUCAAGCGAAAAUGGCGCGUAGUCGACUAUCUCGUCCGCAUGCUCGAGUCUGACAAGACUGCCGUGGCGACCGUCUAUGAGGCGUUCAAGAGAGAGUACUGGGACGUGCAGCUGAGUUGGGUCGAGAGCGCUCUCAGAGCCAGAGAUGACUAUGAUAGGAGCAUGCUGAGCAGUGUGAAAGCGAAAGCGACCGAGGUGUAUGUGGAACGAGGACCCGAGACCAUCAUGAGUAAGGUCAAAUGA